AAUAUUUGUGGCAACGGUUUUUGCCGUGAAACUCAAGCCUUUCCUCUUUUCUUAGAUUAUAUAUAAACACUGUUCUUUGUCUCUUUCCUUGGUUGUUAAGUGCAACGCUGAAACUAAAACAACCCCUUAGAAGACAACAUUAACUACUGUAAUCCCACUUCUUUGAAACCUCAAAGCAAAAUCUUUGUUUUAGUUAAUGGCUCAAUUCACCCCACAAGGACGUUUGAAGCUGCUCUUUCAUGGUGAUGGGGUGGAACCAAAGGACCCUUUUCAUUACAAGCUUGUCAGCAAUGUUUUUGGUGGUUCUGGUGGGCUAAAAUCACUUCAAACUCAUAAGGGCAUGCUCAGAUUCCUUGGUUCUACUACUAGAAGAAGCCACUUUUCUUCUUCUUUGAAGAAAGGCAGCAAAUUUAAUGCCACGGCAAGCCUGAAUGUGAGUGAUGAAGGACUUUAUGAUGAAGAGGAUUAUGAUAGUGAGUUUGGGACUGAUGAGUUGUCUUGUUUUAGAGGUCUUGUUUUGGAUAUCUCUUACAGGCCAAUCAAUGUUGUUUGCUGGAAGCGUGCUAUAUGUUUGGAGUUCAUGGAGAAGGCUGAUGUUCUAGAGUAUUAUGAUCAGACUGUGAACUCCCCAAGUGGGUCCUUCAACAUACCAGCUGUCUUAAGGAUUCCCCAUCUUCUGCAAGUUGUGAAGAGACGAAGAAUCAACAUCAAUCUAAGCCGCAAAAAUAUUCUAUUUAGAGACAAGUUCACUUGUCAGUAUUGUUCUGCUCGUGAUAACUUGACCAUAGACCAUGUUCUUCCAGUUGCAAGAGGUGGUGAAUGGAAAUGGGAAAAUCUGGUCGCUGCUUGUGCCGAGUGCAAUUCAAAGAAAGGUCGAAAAACUCUAGAGGAAGCAAAUAUGAAGCUGAUUAAGGUCCCCAAGGCCCCUAAGGAUUAUGACAUACUUGCGAUACCUCUAACAAGCGCCGCAAUAAUGAUGUUGAGGAAGAGAAAUGGUACACCAGAAGAAUGGCGUCAAUAUCUCUCCUCUUCCAUAGAGCCUUAGGCAUCCAUCUAUGCAGCCUCUUGUACAUUCUUAUAUUUUCCUACAUAUCAGAUAAGUCCUCACUUCUAAAUUGCAUUCAAAACUAGUAUCAUAUUUCGACUUCUAAUUCACAAAAUGAAUGCAUUCAUUUAGAAUUUUCUUUGGCAAUGUUUUAAGGCCAAACGCUUGAUCCCCUAAAACCAGUUAACUAUAGCAUUGUAUCAUGUUACCGACAAUCAUUCUGAGAAAGCUCUGUACUAUUUUUACUUUUGUUUC